CUUCCAGGUUGGAUUGAUAAUUUCAAUGGACCAAGUGGCCUCUAUCUUGCUGCUGGUAAAGGAAUUCUACGCUCUGUAAAAUGUGAAUUCAAGGCUGUUGCAGAUAUUGUCCCUGUUGACAUUCCAGUGAACUUGAUGAUAACAGUGGGAUGGUACACAGCCCUGGUCAAACCCCCUUCAAUUUUAAUUUAUCAUUGUACUACUGGUUCUGUAAAUCCAUUCACCUGGGGAGAAAUGGAGAGUAUUGUAUUGAACUUUUUCAAGAAAACUCCUUUAGAAGCAGCCUUUCGAAGACCCAAUGUUACCAUGACAAAUAACAGUUUUCUACAUGACUAUUGGGUAUUUGUCAGUCACAUGAUCCCUGCCUACCUUACAGAUUUGGGCUACAGCCUUUUGGGUAAAAAACCAAGAAUGGUAAAAAUUUACAACCGGCUGCACCGAACAUUGGGCAUACUGACAUAUUUUACCUGUCAGUCCUGGGAAUGGACAUUCAAUAAUCCAGAUAUGUUGAAGAACCAGCUCUCUUCAGAAGAUAGAAAAAUAUUCUACUUGGAUCCCCGACCUUUACACUGGCCACGAUACAUAGAAAAUUAUUGUUUGGGUAUCAAACAAUUGCGAAACAUUCGUUACACAUUCAACACAAUGUUGAUAGUCGUCUUCUGGCGAGUUCUUAUUGCCCGAUCAGAUUUGGCUCGCAAUCUCUGGUACCUGAUUAUGGGGCUUGUGUCUAAAUUUGUCAAGAACUUUUGGAUAACUAGCACACUACGGCACUAA